GGGCUCGGCUGGCGCAAGCGCGUCCCCAAAUGGACUUCCAGCGCGAGACCUCGGCGAUCACCGGGCGGCCAGCGGGAGGAGAGCGGGGCAGCAGCCGCAGCGAGCCGGGGGAGCCCCGCCGAUCUACCGCCGGAUUCCUCCAGAUGCCGCUCGCCAGAGACGGUCUGCGCGCGGAGGGAUGAGAUGCACGAGUAGCACCCUGACACGAUUUCGGUGGGAUUUUUCAUCAGCGCGGCGGAAGGAUCAUUUCUGAGAAUCCUCCGGUGUUGGGAAGUUCCCUUGGGAGAGAGAGCGAGAGAGCGUGAGGGAGGAGAGAGAGAGAGGCGUUCUGGGGUGGAGGGGGGAUCCAUUAUGGCUUCAGGCGCCGGUAAGGCUGCACAGUCCCCCGGGCCGGGCUCCACCGUGAACGGGACUGCGGCAGAGUUGGCCACCAUCGAGAAGGAGCAGGAGGUCUAUGACUACCAGAUGCACAGCAAGAUGUGCAAGAAGAUCGCUCAGCUCACCAAGGUGAUUUACUCUCUGAACAUGAGGAAUGAGGAGCAGGAAGCAGCCCUGCAGGCCUUAAACCACGCUCACCACGACGAGCUGCACCGCAUACUGAUGGAGACCUGCCACGAAGGGGAGGGGUCAAUCUUAAGGACACGCCUCCUUGAGCUCCAGGAGUCUCUGGAUGAGCAGCAGCGAGUAGGGGCUCAGGUUCAGGCGGACUUUGAGUUCUUCCGCAUCCAUGCGGAGGAGAGGGAGCGCGAGACCGAGGCGGAGCUGAGGAGAGAGUUUCAGGAGAAGCUCCGGGCUGCCGAGGAAGGACUCCUGGAGGCCCAGGCCGAGAUCAUCGCUGCCCAGGAGGAGACCCUGAGACUGAGCAAGGAGAUGGAGAACGCCGGGGAGCAGAUCCGGGAACUGAGCGAUAAAUGUGAAGAGCUCCAGAAAAUGGUUGAAAGGGAGGAAAAGAGGAAACAGGAGGAGGAGGAGAGGGAGAAACAGGAGGAGGCGAGGAGAGCGGAAAAGCACGAUGACGUGGAAAGAUUGAAAGCCCUUCUGGAGGAGCUGCAGGCCCUGAAGGAGGAGAGGGAGCGGGCGGAGGAGGAGAAGAGGCGAGCGGUCAAAGAAGAGCGGGAGCACUGGGAGCAAAAAGUGAACGACCUCCACGAGGAGAGAGAGCAGAUGAGGAAGAAGAUCGAGGCGGAGUGGAGAGAGGAGCGACAGAGGUGGGAGGAGAGGGAGGAGGAGGAGAAGAAGGGGAUGCACAGCGCUCUGCGGGAAAGGGUGAAGCGGGCCGAAGCGGAGGUGGAGGGUCACCUGGAGAGGCUGGCCGAGAGCAAGAGGAACACGGUGAAGCUGCAGGAGAGAAUACAGGACCUGGAGGAGGAGCUGGAGCUUGAUCGGAAGCGGGUGUCGGAGGCGGAGUCUGUGGUGAAACGGGCGGAGGAGGAGCUGGCUGUUGCCAAGGAGAGGCUGCUGCUGCAGGAAGACGAGCUGCAGAGCAGAGCAGAGGAGCUCUUGAACCGUGGGCGCUGUGAGGUGUGUGUGUGUGGCGAGCUGGAGGAGCUGAGGAGCCAGGUGAACCGCCUGCAGAGCAGGAACAGAGAGCUGGAGCUACAGAGCAGCGGCCGAAACAGCGACCACGCCCGGCAAAUACGCCAGCACGCUGAAGCCCUGUCCAGUUUGCGCUCGGAGAUGGUGAGGGCCCAGACCGAGGAGCUGCGUCGCGUCCAGAAGCACGCGGACGACGAGAGGGACAAACUGCUGAAGGAGAUGGAAAAGGAGAGGGAGAGCCAGCAGAAGGAGCGGCAGCAGGAAAAGGACCAGUUCGAGAAGGAGAGGAGCAAAAUCCGCAGAGAAAGAGACGAGGAAAAGGAAGCGCUCCAUAAACAAGUGGAGGAGAUCACGGAGCGUUUCAGGAGAGAGAAGGAGGAGGAGGUGGACCGACUGCGCAAAGAGCUGGAAGUGGAGAGGGUCCGCGUCCGUUCCCAGCUGGACAAGAGCAUCGAGCAGGUGGAGGCGGAGAGGGCCAACGUGCAGCAGAAGCUGGAGGAGGAGAAGAAGAGACUGGUGGAGAAGGCCGAGGAGGACAGGAGGCGGCUGAAGGAGCAGGUGCGGAAGGCGAUAGAGGAGGUGAUGAGGAGACACGCGGCGGAACUGAACAACGUCCAAGAAGCUCUGAGCUCAGAGAGGAAGACCAACCAAGAGGUGUGUGCCCGUUUGGAGGAGGAGAGACGAGCUGCAGAGGAGCUACGCAAGAGCCUGGAAAGAGAGAAAGACGAGCUGAGGACAAAGCUGAAGGAUACCAACGCUGAGAUCUGCCGGUUGGAGGCCGUGAUCCGACAGAACGGCGAGAAGGAGAAGGUGGCCGGCGAAGAGGCCGCGCCGUGCGGGCCUCGGUGCUCUCGCCUGGAAGAGGAGCUGGGCCAGGCCCGCAGUCGGCUGGCUCGGGCUCAGGAGGAGGCGGAGAGGCAGCGUGACAGGCAGCAGAGGGAGACGGCCUCCCUGAGGGCCGACAAGCAUCGGCUGGAGGAGAAAGUCCUGGAACAGAGCCGACUGAACGCGGAGAGGAGCCUUCUGGAGCAGAGCCAGCGGCACCUGGAGGACCGCAUCAGGGCAGAGUGCGAGGAUCGUCUCAGGGCGGAGUUCAGGAUAGAGAUGAACGCUGCGGUGGCGGAGAGCGAGCAGAGGUGGCAGGGCCGAGAACAGGAGCUGCAGACCCAGGUGUCCGAGCUGCAGGCUCAGCUGACGGAGCUGCAAGCACAGACGCAGGCGGAGAAAAAGACAGCGGGACAGGGAGACGACGGCCACGCCAACCCUGAAAUCGACAAGCUGAAGAAGGAGGUUCAGGACACCAAGGAGAUCAACAAGAAACUGAGGGAGCUGCUGCAGGAGCCUCAGAGCCAGUCCCUGGCAGAGGAGCGGCACAGUCACGCCAUGGCGCUGCAGGCGCUGGAGAGGCAGGCGAAGGAGGACCUUCUGUCUGAGAUCAACCGACUUCAGACAAUGCACCACCUGGAGCUCGACAAGCAGCGCGCCGAGCUGACCCAGCAGCACACCGAGUGGAGCCGGCAGAUGACCCAGAGACACAUGCAGCAGAUAGAAGACCUGCAGGCCCAACUACAAGCGCACACGCAGAUGAUGGCUCUGCAACAGGACCUGAAGCAGCAAAACCAGUACCAGGUGUUCGAGCGGCAGCUGGACGAGAGCCGCUGUGCCAUGCUGGAGCUCCAGAGAGAGAACACGGCUCUGAAAAAGCAGCUGCAGGAACGGUCUGUGAAGAAGAAUUCGGAGGUUGAGGAGAAAGAAGAGGAGAGCACAUACGUGGUGAAGAACAGAGACGCCCAGCUGGAGGAAGAAGCCCAGCGUCUGAAGGAGGAGGUGGAAAAGCUGAGGGUGGAAAUGGAGAAACUCGAGGAUUCCCAGAAACACUGGGAGGAGAAGAAAGAGGACGAUCCCAAAGAGGAGGAGCUGGAUGAGGAGAAGAAGAAAGAGCGAGAGGAGGAGAAGAGGAGAGAGGAGCUGGAGGAGAUCCGGAGGGAGCACAAGAGGGAGAUGCAGAGUUUGGUCUCUGAGUACAGCAGCGCGCAGAACCACCUGCAGGCUCGCAUAGUGGCUUUGGAGAAUGAUUGUGGGUUUGUUCGAUUCACCUGCAGGCUGCGAGAGAGGGAGGAGCGCUGUAGGAGGAGGGAGCCCCGAUGUGACGACCUGUCGCUGGGGAGGCUGCAGGAGCGGCUGAUGGAGAGGGAUCAGCUCAUUAAAAGAUUAGUGGAAGAGAGGCAUCAGCUGCAUCUCCACCCUCCUGUCGCCGGGGACAACAGCACCCUCAGGCUCCGUGACAACAAGCCCCGCCCCGGGAGCGUCACGCCAACCAUGAGGAGAAAGGAUGUGGAUUCUCCUCCUCGCAUCACCAGCAUCCCCAGCACCGCUACCUACGACAGGAGCAUCUUCCUUUCCCAUUCCUCUUCCUCGUCUUCCUCCACCGCGCAUCCACACUCCUCCUCGACGCUCCCCCACCAGUCCAGCUCCCAUUCUCACAUCUCUCCCCACUACUCCACCUCCUCUCUUCCACACAAGCACACUUCCCUCUCCCUGAGCCAACAUUCCUCCCCCUCCCUCCCUCGGUCCCCCAGAUCCCGGACAUCCUGCAUCCCUCCCACCCCGGCGCCAACCGCUCCUCUGCCCGUCUGCCCCUCACCUCAGACGGGCAUCCGAUACGUGUCCCCCUCCUGCCAGGAGCCACACUCGCACAUACAGGCCCAGUCAAUCAGGGGCCCAUACCUGGAGCAGAGGGGGACAGAAGGGCUGAAGCAGGAGUGGUUCACCAAAUACUUCUCGUUCUGAGCACAAAUACACAUUUAACACACAGACACACACCCAGAAGCUGCAAAAACAUCCCAUACACAGGUCCAUCGCUUCUUUUACAGAGACAGACUGCUUCCAACAAACACCCACACACACCCACAGACAAACCUUUUAAAGCACAGCAGUUCACACAGACCAACAGACAUAAAUUUAUGGGCUCAUCACCAGCAAGGCCAUCUCAAACAUUGCCUCAAAGCUCAACCAAAAAGUGCUUCUCAACACAUGCCUGACCUCUUCUCAGAACAUAAGCCUGCCAGAUAUAACUUUCUAUAUUCUGUUUUUUUAAAGGCAGUCUUCCUUU